CUAGGUCAGAUUGAAAUGACCUUCACCGAAGCUUCAAACACUGAACAUUGAAAAAUGGCUUUUGUGGCAAUCCGAAGAUUGCAAGGUUUAAUACCGAAGCACUCUGUCAGUCUUCGGUGUCAUGCGUCUAUCCAAAGGGCAUGGUAUUCUAUGGCAGCAGUGGGAUCGUCACAACAUACUCUCAGUGUGAAAAAUAAGAUAGAUUCAACAAAAGAAAAGGCUUUACUUGGAGGAGGCCUAAAAAGAAUAGAAAAACAGCACCUCAAGGGAAAGCUGACAGCUAGAGAAAGAGUGAAGCUAUUGAUGGAUGCAGGAUCUUUUAUUGAGUAUGAUAUGUAUUUAGAACAUGACUGUGCUGACUUUGGUAUGCAGAAAGAAAAGUACCCUGGUGAUAGUGUUGUAACAGGAAGAGGAACCAUUAAUGGAAGACCUUGUUUUGUAUUUAGUCAGGAUUUUACCGUCUUUGGAGGAAGUUUGUCUGGAGCCCAUGCCAAGAAGAUUUGUAAAAUUAUGGAUCAAGCCAUGCUAGUUGGUGCCCCUGUGAUUGGUCUCAAUGAUUCUGGAGGAGCUAGAAUUCAGGAAGGUGUAGAGUCACUUGCUGGAUAUGCUGAUAUUUUCCAGAGAAAUGUGAAUGCAUCAGGAGUUAUUCCACAGCUGUCGUUGAUUAUGGGUCCUUGUGCAGGAGGUGCUGUAUACUCUCCAGCUCUAACAGAUUAUGUAUUUAUGGUCAAGGAUACCUCCUACUUAUUUAUAACAGGACCUGAUGUUGUCAAGUCUGUUACUGGUGAAGAUGUAACUCAAGAAGAACUUGGAGGAGCAAAAACUCAUACAGCAACUUCAGGAGUUGCACAUAAAGCAUUUGAUAAUGAUGUUGAUGCCAUUCUUCAAGUCCGAGAAUUCUUUAACUUUCUACCUUUGAGUAACAAGGAUCCAGCACCUCGUAGAGUAUGUCAUGAUCCACCAUUUAGGGAUGUACCUGGCUUGGAUACAGUUGUUCCAUUGGAAACUACAGCAGCUUAUGACAUCAAAGAUGUAAUUCUUGGUGUAGCUGAUGAUAUGGAAUUCUUUGAGAUUAUGCCUAAUUAUGCCAAGAAUAUUGUUGUUGGAUUUACUAGAAUGAAUGGUCAGACUGUUGGUGUUGUAGGAAAUCAACCUAAAGUUGCAGCAGGUUGUUUAGAUAUAAAUGCUUCAGUUAAAGGUGCCAGAUUUGUCAGAUUCUGUGAUUCCUUCAACAUUCCUAUAGUUACAUUUGUGGAUGUACCUGGAUUUUUACCUGGUACUGGGCAGGAAUAUGGAGGAAUCAUCAGGCAUGGUGCUAAAUUGUUAUAUGCUUUUGCUGAGGCUACUGUUCCUAAAAUUACAGUUAUCACUAGAAAGGCUUAUGGUGGAGCAUAUGAUGUGAUGAGUUCUAAACAUUUGAGAGGUGAUACAAACUAUGCUUGGCCAACUGCAGAGGUUGCUGUCAUGGGCGCAAAGGGAGCUGUGUCUAUUAUAUUCCGUGGUAAAGAUCAGGAUAAAAAUGAAGCAGAAUAUGUAGAAAAGUUUGCUAAUCCCUUCCCAGCAGCUGUCAGAGGUUUUGUUGAUGACAUCAUAGAACCACGUUCAACUCGAAGAAGAAUCUGUCAAGACUUACAAGUACUGGUUAGCAAGAAGAGAGAAAACCCAUGGAAGAAACAUGCUAAUAUGCCAUUGUAAAUACUGUUGUUUUUUUAAUGAACUCAAGUGAGAAACGCUUGCUUAGACCUGAACUGAAAACUAUUCCAUGAGCUUAGAUAUUGGAGGACGAUUUCCAGGAUCUAGAUUGUAUUUAGAGAAGGAAUUUGUUGAUUAUCUUUCUGAGGAUUGAAUAUCAAAAUUUGUUAGCACAUUUUGAAGGAAUUGAAAAGUACUGUAUCUUUAAAUCUAAGUUUGGAUGUAUGUGCAUGGGAAAAUAUGUUUUAUUUGUGAAUAGUAAAAUCUUCUUUCUUUAUUCCUAUAUAUGUAUUAGAUUAGAUUGGGAAAUGAUGUAUUUAUCUGAAGAACAUUUUCACAUGUUUUUCUGCAUAAGAAACAAGUAACUAUGUUAAACAUGUAUUGUAUUGUUGUCUUUUUAUAGCCUCUACCAUACAAGUGUAUUUAUGGAAGAUAUAAAUCAUGUAUACAACAUUUUAUAGUAAAGUACUCAUUGUUAUCAACCUAUAAAGUUUUUUAUUUCUUAUAUCUUUCAUCUUUUCAACACUGACUUUCAUGUGAUAAUGUUUUUAAUACACAUGAUAGUACACUACAGAAAACUGCCAACGACUGACAAAAGUGGAAAAUCUUCCUUACUGCCCUACACGCCAAUAGUGUACAAGGGCAGUAAGAAAGUAAAUAGUUAUCAAAAGUACCAGGAUUACAAUUUUAUACGUACAUAUACCUUUAUGAGAAAACAAUUUUAAAAGUUUAGAAAAUAAUCUAUUCUUUCUGAAAUCUUUUUAAAUGAUUUUUCUUAAAGAUAUACUCAUUUUCAUAGGUAUCAAAGUGAAAGAACAUACAUUAAUCAUAGAAUACAUGUUUUUUGUGUGGUACACAAAAUGUAAUUGGUAUUUAUAAAGAUUGUUAAAAUCUUGUGCUAGCAUCAAAAGUAAAAGUAAAAACAGAUAUUGAAGUAUUGAAGCAAUUUGCAUAAAAUAAGUUUUGAUUGCAGGGAGAAAAAUGUAAUAAACAAGGGUAUCAAAUAUCAAGUAUGGAACACCUAUCAACAUAAUGCUCCUUUACAAUGGUGUUGAAAAAAGGUUUGAUGUAUUUGUCUGAAAUUUAUAGUUAUGUAAGUGCUAUGUAUGUUAUUGAUAUUUUUAAGAUAAUUGACUAUCUACUAUCUGUGAUGAUUUAUUAAAAAUCUAAAGUUA